CGCGGGCCACGUCGUCCGCCGCCCUCGCCAUCUUCACCGCUUCCCCUCAGGGCAGACGCCGCCGCCGCCCUCCGCCCUCCUCCUCCCUCCUCACCGCUCCUCUCGCCGCCAUGAACAUCUUCCGGCUGACGGGAGACCUGUCCCACCUGGCGGCCAUCAUCAUCCUUCUCCUCAAGAUCUGGAAGACCCGCUCCUGCGCCGGUAUCUCUGGAAAAAGUCAGCUUCUCUUUGCACUGGUCUUCACUACUCGUUAUUUGGAUCUCUUCACUUCAUUCAUUUCAUUAUAUAAUACAUCUAUGAAGCUUAUUUACAUUGCUUGCUCCUAUGCCACCGUGUACCUGAUCUACAUGAAAUUUAAAGCUACCUAUGAUGGAAAUCAUGACACGUUCCGAGUGGAGUUUCUCGUGGUCCCCGUUGGGGGUUUGUCAUUUCUUGUCAAUCAUGACUUCUCUCCACUUGAGAUUUUGUGGACAUUCUCCAUCUACCUUGAAUCAGUUGCCAUACUCCCACAGCUCUUCAUGAUCAGUAAAACUGGAGAAGCAGAGACCAUCACUACUCAUUACCUUUUCUUUCUUGGUCUGUACCGUGCCUUGUAUCUAAUUAACUGGAUUUGGCGCUACUAUUUUGAGGGGUUCUUUGACCUCAUAGCUGUUGUUGCCGGUGUCGUGCAGACCAUUCUUUACUGCGACUUUUUCUAUUUGUACGUUACUAAAGUGCUCAAGGGAAAGAAGCUCAGUUUGCCAGCAUAAGUGCCAAAGACCAUCACCAGCAUCUGUCCUCGGGUUGCCUGGACAGAAGAAUUCUAAUUACAAACAAAGGCAUUAGAUGCUUGAGACAGAAAGUCAGACCGUAACUCAACUUUUUUUAUUGCAGAAAGUCAUCAGCCGCUCUGUAAGAGCACAGAGGAGAGUAAACCAGCGGAUUUCUGUUUUAUGCAUCUUGCCUUCUUUUUUUUAUUACUAUGUACAAAGAUUUUUUUACAUAAAGAAACUUAAUGCUGUAUUAGUAAAUUCAGUGUGUAGUUUCAAUUGGAAUAGUUCCAAAAGUGAGGGUUUUGUGAGGUUGUUUACAACCAGAAAUAAAUGCAAGCCCUUUUUUUUUUAUUUUCAAGGUUUAUUUGAAUUGCUGACGCAGUGUGUACAAUGAAAUUGAACUACCUGACAGUUUGUAGUUCACUUUUUAUUUGUUCCUUCAAGUUGCAUUCCACUAUAUUUAUUUUUUUUUCCAAAAGAUGGAUCAUCUUAGUUCACUGCAAUCUAAGACACCAACAUUUGAUGUGAAGUGUUCUGUUAAGUUUGUUUUCUUCUAAUGAGAAGAAGGGUGCUCCCUCUAAAAUCAUAGCAGUACUGUUCAAAACUGGUAAGGAUUACUCAGCCUUUUUUUCAAGGCUGUUUUUCUUUCCACUCCCCCCUGCCCCCCGCAAAAUAAAAAAAUAAAGUUGGGAGUAAGCAUCAGAGCCUAAUCCUAGAGCCACCAAGGUUUUGUGUCCUGUCUCCUAUCCCUCAGCUUUGGGUUAAUUUUGAAAAGCAGUUUUGCUGAAAGAAUUUGAGAUUGUAUCUUUGAAUGGCAGGGUUUCCUAAUUGGGUGGGUUUUGUGACAGAGUAUGGGUGUCUAUUGGUGCAUUGACAUGGUGGGGGUGGAGUGGGGGGAGAGGAGUUAAUUAUCUCGGAUGUUGAUCCCCACCGAAUCCUAAAUUUUAUUGUUGUGCCUGUUAAAAGGAAUAGUUGUUAAUUGCUGUAAUCUACAGGUGAUCAAUUUUAAUCAGAGUCCUGCUUUUUAAAAACUGAAUGAUACUUUACAAGUCCAUGUUCAAAUUCAAAAAGUUUUUGAUGUCACUUUUGGGCAAUUAGUCUUAUUUACAACUGUGUUUUAAGAUCAGCAGCACCAAUUACUUUAUAUUCUUUAAAUGAAUUUUUUUUUACUGAGCUGUUGCAUGAAUUAUCGUGUUACCAUCCUAAAUAAACAUUUUAUGAAACAUGGUA